AUUUCUCAACAUAUGAGAUGGCAUCAUGAAGGGCGUGUUAAAGAAGAUGGUAUCAUGCGUCAUCCUGCAGAUGGGAAAGCAUGGAAGGAUUUUGAUCGUAGCAAUCCAGCGUUUGCAAUGGAACCUAGGAAUGUGCGCCUUGGAUUGGCUGCUGAUGGAUUCAAUCCUUUUGGAAAUAUGAGUUUGUCUUAUAGCAUGUGGCCGGUUGUGUUAACGACUUACAACUUGCCACCGUGGUUAUGCAUGAAAGAGACUAACUUUAUGUUGACUUUAUUAAUUCCUGGUCCACAUUCACCUGGAAAAGAUUUUGAUGUUUUCUUAAGGCCAUUGGUUGAUGAGUUGAAGGAAUUAUGGGUGAACGGUGUUCAGACUCGGGAUGUUGUUGAUGGUAGUUUUUUUAAGCUUCGAGCAGCUUUAUUGUGGACUAUAAAUGAUUUUCCAGCGAGGAGUAGUCUUUCUGGAUGGAGUGGUCAAGGUUACACUGCUUGUCCUACUUGCAAUGUAUCAACACCAUCAGUUCGUUUGCAAAAUAAGGUUGCAUUUUACGGUCACAGACAUUUUUUACCAAUGGGACACCAAAUUAGAAAAAAGAAGAAGUUAUAUGGUUCAGUUGAGAAAAGACCACCUCCAGAGGAAUUUAGCACUGAAGCUAUUUUCACACAAAUGAAUUUUAUGCUUGAAUCUCUUCCUGGUAAGCAUGUUAGCUACGGUGGACAAAAAGGAAACGCACAAAAGAGCAAGUUGGUUGGCGUAAAAAAAGCAUUUUCUUUGAGCUCCCAUAUUGGGCCAAUAUGAAGUUGCGACAUAACCUAGACGUCAUGCAUGUUGAGAAAAAUGUAUGCGACAGCUUAGUUGGCACAAUAGUCGGGUUGGAAAAUAAGACCAAAGAUACAGUUAGCGCUAGAGUAGAUUUGGAGAAGAUGAAGAUAAGGCCAGAAUUGCAUCUGAGAAUGGUAAAUGGUCGAAUGGAAAAGCCAGCAGCGAAAUACACAUUUAUUCAUGAAAAUCGGCAUAAGUUUUGUCGAUUUUUGAAAUCAGUCAAAUUUCCAGAUGGGUUUGCAUCUAAUCUAAGGAAGAAUGUGAUUGAAAAUGACAAUAAGAUUACUGGGUUGAAAUCCCACGAUUGUCAUGUCAUAUUGCAACGUCUUUUGCCAAUUGGUGUUCAUUCAUUCCUAGAAAAACCAAUUGCCAAGACCAUUAUUGACUUGUGCACUUUCUUCAAGAUUAUUUGUGCUAGAACUCUGAUUGUUUCUGAUUUGGAGAAAGUGAAAACAUCAAUUGUUGAAAUUCUUUGCGGACUAGAAAUCAUUUUUCCGCCAGCGUUUUUAGAUGUUAUGGUUCACCUAAUGAUACAUUUGCCUCAAGAAGCAAUAGAUGGAGGUCCAGUACACAUGAGGUGGAUGUAUCCCUUUGAGAGAUACAUGAAAAAAUUGAAACAUUAUGUGCGUAAUAAAGCUCGUCCUGAGGGGUCCAUAGCUGAGGGUUAUGUCGUUGAUGAAGCAUUGACAUUCUGUUCUAUGUACUUCAAAGGGGUGGAAACAAGGUUUAAUCGUCCAGAUAGAAAUGUUGAUGCAAUUCCAUCACUAAAGAAGUUGUCUGUGUUUCAAUCUCAAGGUCGUCCGAUCGGUAAGAAGACACUAACAACUUUGGACGAUGAACUUAAAAAAACUGCUGAGUGGUACAUUCUCAACAAUUGCAUUGAGAUUCUCCCAUAUAUUCAAGAGCACAAGCAGAUCCUUUUAUCUAGUGGUGCUGAAAACCUAGAUCAAUUACAGAAAAAGGAGUUCCCCAUGUGGUUUUACAAUAAGCUUUACAAUCUUCGACAAGCAGGAUCUGCAGAAGCUUCUGAAGAGUUAUUCUCCUAA